AAAAAGCGUACGCGCGCACGUGCAUCAGCUGCAAUCAGCUGUUAGCAAAAAUAGCGGGAAGGAUAUUUAGUCAGCCCUUGGCAGAAUGUGCCACUAGCCGAAAGCUUUAAAAAAAAUGAGUCAAUUCGUCUGCGUCCAAGUGGGACAAUGUGGAAAUCAGAUAGGAAGUGCAUUCUGGCCUCUGGUACUCCACGAAUAUGGAAUAGAGACGACCAGUGGUGGAGUAAAUCAAUUAAAAAUACAAAAAGAUUAUGAGAAAAAUGUUGACGAUCUUUCUGAGGCUUUCAACAGCUUCUUUCAUGUUGCUGAGACUUCAAGAAAAUUUUCAUUCUCUAAACUAUCAGAUUUGACAGCUGAUGGCAGUGUUAAAGCUCGGGCAAUUCUCAUCGAUAUGGAAGACAGUGUGGUCUCGAGAUACAGACAUGGCCACUUGAAAAAUCUCUUUGAUGAAACUUGCACAGUAACAAAUUACCCUGGUUCUGGCAACAAUUGGGCAGAGGGUUAUUACAGUCAUGGUCGAGCUUAUGAGAAAAAAAUCAUGGAGACAUUGAGGAGAAACGCUGAACGAUGUGACAGUCUCCAUGGGUUCCUCCUCAUGCAUUCUCUGGGGGGAGGAACUGGCUCAGGACUGGGCACGGCUACUCUCAAACUCCUAGUCGAUGAGUAUCCUCAUGUAGAGAGGUUUGUGUCUUGUGUUUAUCCUGCACAGAACCAGGAUGUCGUCACUGCGCCUUACAAUGUUCUCCUAGCUACAAGGGAAUUAAUCGAAUAUGCUACUUGCGUUUUUCCUGCUGAUAAUGGGGCCUUGUUUGAUAUUUGUCGUUGGCAGGAAAGGGGGAGGGAUAAUCAGGACCAGGCGAGGUACAAUAAUACAGCUAGUCCCUUUCAGGAUAUCAAUAGUGUUAUUGUAAAUAUGUUGCUUCAUUUGACGAGUGGAGCAAGAUUUCCUGGACAUUUAAAUGCAGAUAUGAACGAUUUAGCCACAAAUUUAGUGCCUUAUCCUCAUCUUCAUUACAUUUUCAGUAGUAUCUCUCCCAUAUCUAUGACAGCAUCGACUAUUCCAUUGGCUCAGAGUAAUAAAAACAUUGAUGAAUUAUUCACCAAUGUUUGGUCGAGAUCUCACCAGUUGAUUAAAUUUGAUCCACUGCAACCAAAAGCUAUGAUAAUUGGAGCUGCUCACAUUGCCAGAGGCAAUUGUUCGAUGGAUGAUAUGAGAAGAAAUAUAAAAAGAUUUCAGACUAAAGUAAAAUUCACUCCUUGGAGUAAAGAAACAAUGAAAAUUGGAUUGUGCUCAGUGCCACCAGCAGCUCACCCAGCCUCUCUCCUCUGCCUCAUAAACUCUUCAGCAAUGCGUUUCAUGUUCCAAAGUCUGAUAACUCAAUUCGACAAACUAUACAAAAAACGAGCUCACGUGCACCAUUAUCUCCAGGUGAAUGGCUUCGAAGAGGAGAAUUUUCUCACCUCUCGAGAAUUUCUCUCCUCAGUCUACGAUAAAUACAAACAACUCGACAAUGAAAAACAAAUCAACAUUCCAAGGCUCAAAGUGCUGUGACUUGUGCUAUUCACCUCCAUUUUCGCCGAUAAUACAUGUUGUUUUUCAUAAUAAUAACAUUAAAAAAUCAUUGUAAGAAUAAAACGGAUGCACUUAA